UGAUUUCUUGUUACUGAGUGUGACCCUAAUUUACAUUUACUGCUUCCAUUUGACAGGGUGAUAAACCAGUCUUGUUCUACCCAUGAUUUACUUGAAUACCCCUCAGCCUGACCAAUAGUAAUCUCAGCUUCUUGGUCCCAGAAUUGUCACAUUCUCACAGUCAAGAGAUAUACCAGCAUUUGUUCAUGUUCUGAAAAAUGUCCUUCAGCGGGGAGAAGUGCUUCUGUUCUGCCAGGUCAAUGCGAGAAAGAUAGACAAUAAGGACUAAUUCAAGCUUGAGUCAUCACUCCUCACUAGACUGGCGAGAAGGUGAGAGAAAGGAUGAUCGCUACGCCUUUCUUACUGAGUGGUAUGACCCUACUGCGUCUCUCCUGCGGCAGUACCAACUCUUCUACUACCCUAAAGAUGGCUCAGUGGAAAUGUUUGAUGUAAAGAACCAGCGAAUAUUUUUGAGAAGGACCAAAUAUGACAACCUUCAUCAGGAGGACCUGUUUAUUGGGAAUCGGGUGAAUGUGUUCUCGCGGCAGCUUCAUCUGAUUGAAUAUGGGGAUCAAUACACAGCAAACAAACUUGGCAGCAAAAAAGAAAGAACCCUUGCUUUGAUAAAGCCAGAUGUAGUUGCCAAGAUCGGAGAUGUCCUUGAAUUGAUGUACUCCUCCAACCUGAUGGUGACCAAAGCCACAAUGACAAAGCUCACAUGGAGCCAAGCGGCAGACUUUUAUGUGGAACAUCAGUCGAAGCCUUUCUUCAAUAAUCUGGUGCAGUUUGUGUCCUCGGGUCCCGUGAUAGCCAUGGAGCUGAUGGGUGAUGAGGCCGUGUCAAUCUGGAAGAAGCUUCUGGGACCUGCAGACUCUGCUGUGGCACGGAGGGAGGCACAGCAGAGUGUCCGUGCCCAGUUUGGAACAGAUGGUAUCAAAAAUGUUGGCCAUGGCUCCGACUCACUUGCUGCAGCAGCAAGAGAACUUGAAUUUUUUUUCCCAUCUACAAUUGGCCAUGGUCCUUCUAAUACAGCCAUCUUUACAGACUGCACCUGCUGCAUCAUCAAACCUCAUGCCAUAUCAGAAGGCCUAACUGGGAAGAUCCUAAACUCCAUAUCUUCAGCUGGAUUUGAAAUCUCAGCCCUUCAGAUGUUCAAUGUAGACCGGGCGAAUGCAGAAGAAUUCUAUGAAGUUUACAAAGGUGUUGUUACGGAGUAUCCUAGUAUGGUGACCGAGCUGUGUUCUGGACCCUGUAUGGUACUCGAGAUCCAUGGCACAGACGCACCCAGGGCAUUCAGGGAAUUCUGUGGGCCCGCUGAUCCAGAAAUUGCACGGCAUCUCCGUCCUACCACACUGCGUGCUCUUUAUGGCAAAGACAAAGUGAAAAACGCAGUCCACUGUACAGACCUCCCUGAGGACGGUGUUCUAGAGGUGCAGUAUUUCUUCAAGAUUCUGGAUGGAUGAAUGCAAACAAGGAAACGUAUUUUACACCAUGUUCAAAGACUUCACAGUUUUUUCAGUUUUCUGUUUAUUGUUUCAGCCUUAUGCAGAUUAAAUAAACUGACAAGAGCAGA